AUGAAGGUCUCUAUCAAGACCAUUCGCGGCGAAGUGUACAGCGUGGACGCGGAGGAGAGCGAGACCAUUGCCGAGCUCAAGACCCGUAUCUCCACCGUCACCAGCAUCCCGCAGGACCAGCAGCGGGUCAUCUUUGCCGGUCACGUCAUGAAGGACGACCGGACGGUCGAGUCGUAUGGCAUCAAGGAUGGCAACACGAUCCAUCUCGUUAAGGGUGCGGCCAAGACAGCUGCGGGUGCUGCGCCUGCUGCACCGGCGGCUGCAGCAACUGCGCCCGCGACGACAGGCACCGCGCCGAUGGACACGGCGGGCGGAGCGCCGCCGCCGUCGGCGGGAGUUGGCGGAGGUGGGUUUAACCCGUGGGGCGCGGCUGGUGGUGGCGCAGCUGGCGGCGGCGGAGCCAACCCGUUUGCGGCGAUGAUGGGCGGAGGUGCGGCUGGCGGCGUGCCCAACGUGGCGGCGCUGCUGCAGGACCCGGCGCAAAUGGAGCGGAUGAUGCAGUCGCCGAUGAUGCAGGCGCUGUUGGAUAACCCGGAGAUGCUGCAGAGCAUGAUGUCAGCCAACCCGAUGAUGCAGUCGCUCAUCGACGGCAACCCGGAGCUUGCGGCGGCGCUCAACGAUCCGGCAACGAUUCGGCAGAGCCUGGAGAUGAUGCGGAACCCGGAGGCGCUGGCAGAGAUGAUGCGCAACAACGAUGUGGCCAUGGCGAACAUACAGGCACAGCCCGGUGGCUUUGACGCCCUCCGCUCAGCAUACGAGAACAUCGGCGCGCCGAUGCAGGAGGCGAUGACCGGGAUGGCGCAGGGCGCGACCGGCGGAACUGGAACCGGGACAGGAGGCACUGACGCAGCGGGAGGUGGCGAGCAGGCUGGCUCGGGCUCGGGCCCGAAUACCACGCCGCUCCCGAACCCGUGGGCGGCGCCAGCAGCCGGGACCGGGGCCGGGACCGGCGGUGUGCCGCCAAGCUCGGCCUUUGGCGGCAUGGGCGGUGCGGGCGGCAUGCCGGACCUGGCAAGCAUGAUGCAGAGCCCGAUGAUGGCGCAGACUAUGGCGGCGAUGGCGCAGAACCCGGAGCUGAUGGCGGCGAUGAUGCAGAAUCACCCCAUGCUAGCCAACAACCCGAUGGCAGCGCAGAUGCUGCAGAAUCCUGAGAUGCUGUCUUCAAUGAUGGCGGCGAUGGCGGGCACCGGCGGGAGCGGCAUGCCGGGCUUUGGCGGCGCAGGCGCGGGAGCUGGUGCCGGUGCCGGUGCCGGCGGCGGCUCGCUUCAAGCGCAGGAGGAGGCUGCCGCGCUGCGGUACGCCGACCAGCUUGCUGCGCUCGCCGAGAUGGGCUUUACCGACUACGACGCCAAUCUCCGCGCCCUAGUCAUGACCGGCGGCAACGUCGACGCGGCUGUCCAGCGGCUGCUCGGCGCGUAA